AUGAGCCACCUCCGACUUCUUGAGCAUGUCGAUGUUCCUGAAAAGCAUCGAUCGGCGCCGCUACCACCAUCUGUCGUUCCGAGAGUUUGUAAGAAGCGAUUGAGCACCGCCAUCGCCACGUCUGCUUCGGUUCGUGUCAGAUUAGGGCUCGAUUCUGCCACCUCCAACUUCUUCAGCAUGUCGAUGUUCCUGAAAAGCAUCGAUCGGCGCCGCUACCACCAUCUGUCAUUCCGAGAGUUUUUCGAAACAGAGGAGAUAUCGAAGAUAGGUUCCAAUCAACCGCCGACAACUGCUGUACUUCACCCGUAUGUUCUUCUCGGAAAGCACAAAUUCACCUGUGAACUGAAGGUGGUGGCCAGUUGUGGAGUUGGGUGA